AUGUCAAGCUACGCUGAUGGGCCAGAAUCUACCGAUUCGGAAUUCGAUGAUGUGUUUGAUGCGUACUUUGAUCAAUAUUCUACAAGGAAUUCGGAACUGCAGAAAAAAAUUGAUGAACUGGAAACGAAACUGGGACUUCAAAUGCUUGAAAACAGGAAGCUGAGAGUGGCUUUGGAGGUGCAGCAGAACUGCUCCAACCGGCUGCAGGAGCAGCUCCGAGUUCAGCAGAGGCAACACGAAAAUGCCAAAACACGCUAUGAGGAGGUGCUGGCACGGUACGAUAGGAGAGUGGAUGCGCAGGAAGCAUCUAUUGCAAAAAAAGAUGAUGAGGUAGAACGAUUGGUGUUGGAUCUGUAUAAAGCUAGGCGUAAUCUCCCAAUCAAGCGUGGCUAUAAUGAGCAGCUACAUAAUGUAGUUCUUCAUGAUAUGGAAGAGGAGGUCAUGAUGGCGAGCCUCUCUAGGAGAAGCGUUACCAGCUCCUACAUAGAUGUGCAAGGAGAUGGACGAGCUACUCUUACUUUGCUAUUAUGUGAUGAUACGCAUAUAAGCGGUGUUAUGAGGACAUCGGAUGGUAGGCCAUACAGUUUCAUUCGAGACUGCGAAGACAAUGUAUGGAAGGGCGAUCAUGAGGGCCUUUGCAUUGGAUUUGGUCAUUUAACGAUGACCAAUAAUUGCGGAAGGAUUCCAUUGCUGGCUCGGUUCUCGGCCAUGCUGGAAAGGAGUCUAGAUAGGACUCGAAGUAUUCGUUUCAUCAAUUUUGAUGAAACGGAAAGGAUUACGACAAUAAUGCAAGAAGGUCGGAGGGUAGUCAUGCGAACUUAG